AUGCCUAGAGAAGGUAAAAAAUCGCGAGCUUUCAAGCAGAGCUCUCCGCCGGAGCUCAACUGCGAUGUACCAUUCUCUAAAGCCCCAUCGAGUUUGACAACGCUUCUCUCAAAACUUGAAAAAUCAUGCAUCUACAUCACACACAUCGAUAAAAAACCAAAGGAUUUCAAACUCAAAAUAUUUAUGGUACCACUUUUAACCAAUGUUGUAAUAAUCGGCUUACUCUUAUGGCGCGUCAAAGCCAUUGGUCCUUGGUACAUUAGAAUCAUUUGGUCCUUGCUAGGACAUCCUAACGAGCUCACCGUAAAUGUAGCCCAGAGCUCGAUGAGCACCCUGUCUCAAGAAAUAUUUCAACGAUUUUUGGUGUUCAUGAUUGACUUGAUUUUGUAUCUAUUCCUAUGGCAUUGGCCUAGAGAAUUCUUUGCUGGUAGCCGAAAUGGAAAUCCAUUCUCUUGGAGGCUCGCGAUUGGAUUCAGAGAGAAAGAGAUUGUUGUACGAAGGAGUAGAAUCUCGAACUUUGAUUUUGACCGUAUAAAUGAAAUCGAGGAAGACAAGAAAGUUUUACUCUAUAUGAUACAGAAAGCUAUCGAUCCUCUAUACAUGAAUGAUAAAACAGGAUACAUGAUGAUAAACAAGGAAUGGGAUCUUGAUUGGAACGCUAUGAGCACUGCAACAAGUCUAAUAGAUAAAAAUACCUUAUCUUUUGAUGACUUCAAAACUACAGCUAUACUUUUACACAGCAAAAAACAUGGAUGGUUGACAUUCAAGUCAUGCAACACUACAGUGGAUAGGGACGAGGGAAGAAAUGUCAAAAUGAAUAUCAUUAAAUUUAGGGAUGAAUUAAACGCGAUGGGAAAAGAAAGUCUCUUCAUCAAAUGGGUAAAGUUGGUUGAAGAAGCAUCACAAACCGGAGAUUUUGGAGCAGAGCAACAGAACUUAACUAUGGCUAAAGUGAAAGUUAUGUUUGAAAAUGAAAAAGUCGACUUUGAAAAGAUUUGGGCAAAAGCCAGUGGCCCAGAUGAAGUAAUAAGCAAUAGUCAAAAUUAA